CUAAUCUGCAUCUCGUUCUGUUUCAUCCGAGUCUCCCGACGACCACAUUUCUCCGCACUUUCGUCUUGGCAAAUCCAUCAGCGAUGGCGACUUCAAUAGCUCGAUUCUCUCGGAGAGGAGUAGCUUCUAACCUGAUCCGUCGCUACUUCGCUGCGGAAGCGGCGGUCGCGGUCAAGACAGAGGCGCCGAAGCCACAACUGACGGUGUCGCCGUCGCCGGAUCGUGUGAAGUGGGACUACAGGGGACAGAGACAGAUCAUUCCCUUGGGGCAGUGGCUUCCGAAGGUUGCCGUUGAUGCCUACGUGGCGCCCAACGUUGUGUUGGCCGGUCAGGUCACAGUCUGGGACGGGUCGUCCGUCUGGAACGGCGCCGUUUUGCGCGGGGAUCUCAACAAAAUCACCCUCGGGUUCUGCUCGAAUGUGCAGGAACGGUGCGUUGUCCAUGCCGCGUGGUCGUCCCCAACAGGAUUACCAGCAGAGACGUUGAUCGAUAGAUACGUGACAGUAGGUGCAUACAGUCUUCUGAGAUCAUGUACUAUCGAACCAGAGUGUAUUAUUGGGCAACACUCAAUACUAAUGGAAGGUUCACUGGUUGAGACCCGCUCAAUCCUCGAAGCUGGUUCGGUGGUGCCACCAGGAAGAAGGAUCCCAUCAGGUGAACUAUGGGGAGGUAAUCCUGCAAGAUUCAUAAGAACUCUAACUAACGAGGAAACUUUAGAGAUUCCGAAACUCGCUGUAGCCAUCAACCACUUAAGCGGAGAUUACUUCUCUGAGUUCCUUCCUUACUCUACUGUCUACUUAGAGGUAGAGAAGUUCAAGAAGUCCCUUGGAAUCAGUGUUUAGAGAUUCAUAAAUCUCUCUUUUCCUCAAAGCUUCUCUUGUGUGUUUCGCGUGCUUACCUGAUAGUACGAGGUCUCUCGUGCAUAAUGCAAUAAGUAGCUGAAGAACAUCAAAACAUUCGAACGCUUGUCUUCUCAUUUUUUUGGUUUCUUUUGUAAGACUCAAAUUUUUAAACUGAUUUUGGAUGGAUAAAAAGCAAACUAUAUAUAUAAAGUUCUACUUCAGCUAAAAUAGUUUUAGCUGAAGUAAAUUAUUCUUA